GGAAAGCUCUGUAUUUUUGCGAGUUAGGCGAUUUGUGUACAUUAUCAACUUGAUGUCUUGACUUGCACAUAAAAUUCAAAAAAAUGGUCGAGAACACAGUAAUGGGAGUAGGCAUAGGCCUCUUUAUGAUAAUUUUGGUAUGGACAUUAGCGCUCUUUCUAUGCAUCGUAUUUUCACGUUCAACAGGGGCCAUCUCGAAUAUUGGAAUAGUGAUGGUACUAGUGGCAUUGCUCUUCAGCAUUAUUCUGUUGGUCCUGCCUAGGGAAGACUCCUUAGCUUCAUCUACAAAGAUUUAUGAUUACUCCGUCAUAUACCGGUCAUUGUUGAUAGCAGGCUGUGCGCUGUUUUUGCUGAUUGGUCUUUUUGCAUUUCUGUUCACCCACGCCAUGAUGCCAAUCUAUGCCAAACCAUUGCGACCAAUGAAACUGUCCUGAAAAAAUUUGAAAGCAACAUUAUUAUGUGACAUUUUGACUAGUGUUGAAGACAGUGAUCUGUGAUAGUGACUGCCACAAGUGAAAAGUAGGAAGAAAUGUAACCAUGGUGACUACAUGUAUUCUGUAUGGUAUCGAAGUGUCAUCUUUAAUUUUAAUUUUUUCUACUCUAGUUUGUUUAUAAUCAUAAAACAUACAUGUAAUUGCAGUUUUUGUUUCAUUUCAAACCAAAACAGAUCAAGUUAAGACUUUCUUGAAGUUCAAGUCUGACAGGCAUAAUGAUAUGGAAUCUCAGUAAAAAAAGGUCAUACCUGCAUUCAUUGUGCUCUUGAUAAAAAAUCACCAGUGUGGCCACUUUAAUUACAAAGUUUGCCAAUUUGGGACCAUACUUGAUGUUUAUUGACAUAUGUUGUUAUUUCCAUAAUGACAGCAGUUUGUUCCAUUUCUAUAAAUAUUAUAGAUAUUUUCGUUUCCAACCCCGUUUUUUUGUCACUUUUAGUUUGAUUUCCUGUUGUUUUCAUGCCCCCGGUAGGGUGGCAUAUAGCAGUUGAACUGUCCGUCCGUCUGUCUGUGUGUCUGUCCGUCCAAAAACUUUUAACAUUGCCCAUAACUUUUGUAAUAUUGAAGAUAGCAACCUGAUAUUGAUAUUUGGCAUGCACGCGUAUCUCAUGAAGCUGCACAUUUUGAGUGGUGAAAGAUCCAGGUCAUCCUUCAAGGUCAAAGAUAAAAAUAAAUAAAUGCAGUAACAAGCUUUAAAGGGAGAUAAUUUCUAUUUAUCAUUUGGCAGGUACAGAUCAUUCGUACAAGGAAAGUAAUAUUUUUUUAAGGGAUAUAAUUUAAAAAAAUCAAAGCGGCGCAGUAGGGGGCAUUGUGUUUCUGACAAACACAUCUCUGGUUUUAAACAAAAUUCAACAUGCCUUAAUAUUUUGAAGCUGCGUUUUUCUUUUGCCUUAAUAAACUGUCAUACAUGUAGGUUUGUGAAGUAAGUUGAUGCGGCAUGAUUAAAAGACUAGUGAAUAGUAUUGAUUAACAAUACUGAACAUUAUGAUAAAUGAAUAAUUAUUGUAGUCUUAGGAUAGUGCUAGAGUUGUUUUUUUUUUACAUAAUUUUAAGUAUGAGUAAUAAAAGGUACAAAAAUUG